GAGCUACGAGGGGGAGGCCGAGGCGGCGCCCCUCCCCCUCCCUAUUCCUGAAGUAACCUCAACGGCCGAAAAGCGGCGGCGGGGCGGACCGGCGGCCUUCUUUUCCCGCCCUUUUUGAGGGGGGCUCGGCUUUUUUCCUGAGGGGAAUCGCUGAGGAGGCGCCGGCCCUUCCCCUCCCCUCCGCGGGCCGCGCCCUCCCCUCACAGAUGGGCGGGCCGGGCCUUCCGCUGGGAUUCGUGGUCUGAGGCGGCGGCCGAUGCCGGACAAGGCGGAGGAAGAGCCCCCUCGCCCGCCGCCGCUUUCUGGGCCGCCGUUUCUCCUCCCCUCCUUCUCCUCCACCGCUGCCAUGUCCGGGGUGGUGCGGACGCUGAGCCGCUGCCUCCUGUCCCCCGACGCGCCGAGCCGGUCCGGCGGGGAGCGGGCGGCGGGCGGCGAAGGCAAAGAGCAGCAGAGCCGGGACAGCGAGCGCGAGGCCCGGCGGCGGAGCCGGGAGAUCGACGCCAUGCUGGCCCGCGAGCGGCGCUCGGUCCGGCGCCUGGUCCGGAUCCUGCUGCUGGGCGCCGGCGAGAGCGGCAAGUCGACCUUCCUCAAGCAGAUGCGCAUCAUCCACGGCCGCGAGUUCGACCAGAAGGCGCUGCUCGAGUUCAGGGCCACCAUCUACGAGAACAUCCUCAAGGGCUGCAAAGUUCUGGUUGAUGCACGGGACAAACUAGGGAUCCCUUGGCAGUACACAGAGAAUGAGAAGCAUGGGAUGUUUCUAAUGGCCUUUGAAAGUAAAGCUGGGAUGCCCAUCGAACCUUGCACGUUCCAGUUGUAUGUACCUGCCUUGAGUGGCCUGUGGAAGGAUUCUGGGAUUAAGGAAGCUUUUAGCCGGCGAAGUGAAUAUCAGCUGGGUGAAUCAGUGAAAUAUUUCCUGGAUAAUCUGGACCGGAUUGGUCAACUGAACUAUUUUCCCAGUAAGCAAGAUAUUUUGCUGGCUAGAAAAGCUACUAAGGGUAUUGUGGAGCAUGACUUCAUCAUCAAGAAGAUUCCUUUCAAAAUGGUUGAUGUGGGUGGACAGCGAUCUCAGCGCCAAAAGUGGUUUCAGUGCUUUGACGGGAUAACAUCUAUAUUAUUCAUGGUCUCCUCCAGUGAAUACGACCAGGUCCUUAUGGAAGACAGGCGCACAAACAGACUGGUUGAAUCCAUGAACAUCUUUGAAACAAUUGUCAACAACAAGCUCUUUUUUAAUGUGUCCAUCAUUCUCUUCCUGAAUAAAAUGGACCUCCUUGUAGAGAAAGUAAGGAGUGUCAGCAUUAAGAAGUACUUCUCAGACUUCAGAGGUGACCCUCAUAGAUUGGAAGAUGUUCAGCGUUACUUGGUGCAGUGUUUUGAUCGGAAGAGGCGGAAUCGCAGUAAGCCCCUCUUCCACCACUUCACCACAGCCAUAGACACCGAAAACAUUCGCUUUGUAUUCCAUGCUGUGAAGGAUACGAUUCUUCAGGAAAACCUUAAGGAUAUUAUGUUGCAAUGAAGGAAAGCUGUCCUCUAACUCAAAUCUACUCUAGUUAUAGGCCAGAAUUUUACACAUAUGGCUCUUGGAAUGGGUAUUUAAAACAAACAAGAAAGAUAUUGUUUACUUAGCUUAAGGAAGCUGCAAAAUAACCAGUCUAAGCACAGGAGCAAUGGGCAGAAGGACAGUGGAAGCUGAUUAGCUGCUGAAUUUUUUAAAACUAAAAACACUACUGAAAAAGUAGCUAUUUUAAGUGCAGUGCCUUCCUUUGAACACUGAAUGACACUACCGCCUUCUGCCUUUCUAUAAAGAGAACCCUAAUUUUCAAGAACAAUGUAAAUAAUUUUUGUGUGUUUAGUGUUGUUUGGCAACAACUUGCUGACCAUAAAGCCUUGUUCUUUUCAGGUGCUGAGCUUAAAAAAUGGAGUAAUAUAUUCCAUUCUCUAACUGAUAGUUGUAUUUCAAGAAUCCAUCGGCAAUAGCUCCAGAAUGGUUUGGUGGUAGCUGAACUGGGGCUUACAAAGGUGGCUGUCCAGUUGUUAGCUGAAAAUCUAUUACCUGAAAAUCUCUCUUUGGCUUCUCUUGCAUGGAAUUUCACGAUUGUGAAUGGGAUUUCGCUGGCCACGCAAGUGAAUUCCUUCUUGGCCUCAAGGGGUAGAAAUGAAAGGCUUAGGCUAGUAUAAAUAUGAGGCUUUAUUUUGCACUACCUGUAUAAUGUUUGUUGCUUCAUGGGAAACAAGACUUCCUCAGUACUACAGCAUGAGACCAGAACUCCAACACUUCUGCACGUAGUGGAUGCUCCAGAAAUAUAUCUUCCCAUAUCUGGAGCUGAAACGAGAAAAACUUCCUCCUCCUCAGCAGGACAUUGUGGUCUGUCUCUAAGAGUAUGGAAGCUGAUGCUACUCUUGGCCAAAUAUUUGGUAGGCAGUGGCAGGCGGUUACACUAAAGCCAAACCAUCUUGAGAUUUCUCGACUUCACAGCUGCACUGAAUCUGGACCCUGCAUUUAAUUAAUCCGUGAUGUGUCUUUGUGGGGAAUUAUGAGCCUAUACGAUACACGUUUUAACCACAGUAAACUGCCAAGUCUGCCUCUUUUAGGCUACCAUAGAGUAUAUGUGAAUUUACAGAAGUCUAUCAAUGUCAAAGUGAAAUGUUUAAUUCUGAAAUCUUUAGUUCAAAUACUGGGUGCCUUUUCUAUGUGUACAGGUAUUUCACACUUCCUGCUUUGAGGUAUGUAUUAACCAAACUUAAGAGCUGCCUUUUCAGUGCCAUAGUAAUCAGGGGUCUUUUUUUUUAACAUAAGAAAAGUUUUACUAUGCUGUUGGUACCAUAUUUGUCAUAAUAAAGUCUAAAGGGCUAGUCUAAAGGGCUAUAUCAUGUUAUCAGAAUUCUGUAGCUGUGCCCCUUGCGGGGGGAAUGCCUAGCCUUGAAUGCCUGGCAACACUCCAGGAAUUAAUGCCACAAGUAGUGCCAAUCUUUAAAGAAAAUCUAAGAUCCUGUAUGCAUUGCUUAAGUUUAUAUAAGCAUGUGUUUGUGUUGUGUACUGUACUUUGUCAACCAUAAAACUUCUGUUCUUGUUGUGAUGUUUUGUGCACAGUCAGCCUGAAUUUGGAAACACAGAGCAAGUCUGUCUCCUGGCAUUGUAAAAUUAAAAUUUAUUGGGGUAGCAGACAACCAAUGGCUUCAGACCAUCCAACCCUUCUAAGGUUAUGUAACAUUUGGGAAAUUACCUAGUGACAGAUGUCUUUCUAGGACCAAUUGUUUUACUCUUUCAGCAUCUACUUUUAGAAAAUGAAGUAAUGCUACAGUAUUGAAGCAACCGCAGGUUAGAAAUGGUGGUUCAAGAGCAAACAGAUGUGAAGCUCCUUUUACAGUUGCCCAUUUCAUUGGCUCCACUGGAGCUAAUGCUGAUCAUUAGUAGUCUUUGUGCUCCCAUUUUUAAAGAAUCCUAAAACUCACUUUGCCACAUGGUUCUCAAAACCUAGAUGAGUUUAAAAAAAUAGGCUGUUAUCCAGCAUAUACCUCUACUUUUAAAAGAGGUCAAAAUUCCCACUGGGAAUUGAAUGCCUGAAAUACUCCCUCUGGAUUCUGACUGCUAUUUUUUUUUUAAUGGUGCUCCUUGGCAGUACUUUUCUCUCUAGAAUGAGCCUGUUUCCUAUCUUGACCUCUGAAGUCAGUUUUUAGGUUUCCCGAAGAUGCCUCAGUUCUCUAUUCAAUAUAUCUUAGUCUGCCCUGAAGUGGCAUACUAUAAGCACAAAGAUUUAAAACCUGGAUUAUGCACGCCUUUUGUAUUUUAAGAGCCAAUCUGCUGUAAUCCUCUUUUCAUCCGGAGGAUAUUGCUCCAUCCUUUGCUCCUGAUACAGUCCUUUUUUGUUAAGAUGUGUGCUCUUUGCUGGAACAAAUAGACUUGAUUACAGCAGGUUUGGGUAGCCAAACUAAAGCUGGUUGUCAGUCCUGUAUUGCUUUGACCGUCAUAUUCACCUAGUGAUCCCUUCAUUUUUCUUUGGUAUAUUUGGACACAAUCACAGCUUGUGGUCCUUGUGUUGAUCAGCAUAGGAGUUGAAGCUUGUUAUCUGAACUCUCUAAUGGCUGCAUUAGUGUGUACGUAUGCACACAAAGCGAGUCAGAGGUGAGUCUGUCUUAACAAAAUCAGGACUCCUGCACAAUCUAAUUUAGGUUAUCCUUGCCAGUUACAGUUGUGCUAAAACAUUUUUGAAUAUGCACAAAAGGGGCCCCCUCUCUUAACCCCACAGCACUUCAGGUGUUGUUUACCAAUAUUCAUCUUAAGAUUCAAAAUACUUCCUUAAUCUUGACACAUUAGUAUUAGGUGUUCUGCAGCCAUCUUCUUUCUUCUUGUCAGAGCCACAAGAAAUUGUAACGUAGGGUGCUCUUUGCGGGGAGGGAUGAUGGAAUCACGGUUUCAUAUGAAAGUGGGUCAGACACAGGACAAUCUAGUAGAGGCCUUGCACUUGCGCUUCACAUGCUUUGUACCAAAUAAAUAGUUUUUGGCUAUUG